AUGGAUAUUGAUAAAAAUAAGUCCAAUAAUUAUGUUAGUCGGGAGGCUUUAGAGAUCGAUGAAUACGACUAUUAUUAUAUACCUAUUAUUCUUUUAAGAGCCUUCAAAGAACUUGUAGCCAGCUCUCCGAACGAAAGGAAUUGGAGAGGAAUAUUUAUAGCCUUAUUAGUGAUUGUCGCUGUGUUAGGCCUAAUAGUCUUCAGUAUCGUGCUAGUUUCUCCUCCUGAAGAGGGACCUAGGACAAAGGGAAUCAAGCCUUCGCUUGAAGAUAUUUUUAUUAAGCUUCCGCCUCCUGCCAAAUUCAAUGGGACUUGGAUCUCAGAUACCGAAUUUAUUUAUAGGAACGAACAUGGAAGCGUUACACUUUUUGACGCAGAUAACUUAACGUCGACGGUUGUUAUGACAAAUAUAGCUUUUGUACAGUAUGGAGUAAUCGAUUUUAAGAUAUCAAGCGACCUAAAGUACAUAUUACUUAUAAGUGAAGUUAAAUCUGUUUUUAAAUAUACCACGUUGGCAAAAUAUCACAUAUAUGAAAUUUCUACGAGAUUACGACGGCCAUUAUCUCCAACCGAACUCGACGAAAACGCGCCAUUCCUCCAAUAUGCCACUUGGUCACCAGACGGGACGGCAGUUGCCUUCAUUUAUAACAACGAUAUCUACUAUAAACCCGUUGAGAAGGAUUUGGUCUGUCGAAUCACUUAUACCGGCCAAUCCGAUAUUAUAUUUAAUGGGAUUCCUGAUUGGCUUUAUGAAAACUACAUUUUGAAGACUUCUCACGCAUUAUGGUUUUCGUCUGAUGGGAUUUAUUUACUUUAUGUUACCUUUAAUGAUACGAAUGUGGGAGAAUAUAAGUAUCCAUGGUAUGGAAGUCAUAGCACGCAGCAAACACUGUAUCCAAAAAUCAAGUCCUUCCGAUAUCCUAGAGUUGAAACUGCCAAUCCCGAAGUUUCCGUAUGGAUUGUCAAUUUAACCACAGUCAAAUAUUUAUUUCCGUUCGAAUUAAAGCCAACAAACAGCGUAGAAUCUGAUAGCUACGUGACUAGCGUCAGUUUCCAUGGAGAGAACAAUGUCGGCAUUGUCUGGUUAAACAGAUUGCAAAACAAAUUUGUAAUUGUUACUUGCCGGUCGCAGAAUGGUUACAAUUGCACUGAGUUUCAUAUUGAACGAGAACAUAUAGGUUGGACGGAACCCAUCUUCCAUCCUGUUUUCAAUAACAACGGUACUAAGGUUAUUGUUAGAUUACCCGUAAAGGAUGGAGAUAAUGGGCACUUUAUGCACGCUUGUGAAAUUUCAAAUAAUCGAGUUAGGCCACUCACCCACGGGGCGUUUGAAUUAACCAGGAUACUAGCAUGGGACGAAGAGAAUUCCUAUAUAUACGCCAUUGGUACAAUAGAAAAUUCGCCAGGCGUCCGACAUUUAAUCCGAAUUACAGACCAAAGUUCUCCUCAGUGGUUCUGCAUGACCUGUCGGCCGGAAGUUGACCAGAACUCAACAUUUUCCGAAUCCCAGAACGAAACCACAAUCAACAACAGUUUAUGGCUGGAUUAUCCUUGCGAUUACAACAACGUGAUAUUUAGCAAAAAUUACAAUUAUUACAUCCAAGAAUGCUUGGGGCCAGAGAUUCCGAUCGUCCUCUUAGUUAAAACUUCAACUAACACAAGAAGAGUUAUUUUAGACACUAGUUUCAAACUUAGGAAAAAAGUUCGAAAGUUAUCUCCGCCUCAAACAAAAACGAUUUCUGUUGAGAUCGAAUAUGGCUUUAAGGCUCAAGUGAGAUUAUAUUUACCUGGUAUUCUACGGGAGUACGAGGAUAUUACUUUUCCAAUUGUACUUCUAGUCGAUGCCGCACCGUCUUCCCAAACCGUAUCUUCCAAAUGGGAAAUAUCAUGGCCAUGGUUUUUAGCAAGUACUAGAAACUACGUAGUAGCUCAAAUAGAUGCCAGGGGUUCUGGCUUUCAAGGCAUAAAAAUGAGAAGAGAAAUACAACGUAGAAUAGGCCUCAUUGAAGUACAGGACCAGCUAGCAGUGCUCACUUACUUAAGAGAUACUUUUAAGUUUAUUGAUAAAAGCAAGAUUUGUAUCAUUGGUAAAGGUUAUGGCGGUUUCGCAGCUGCAAUGAUGCUUUUACAAGAUUUUCAUCAAGUUAUAAAUUGUUCCAUUAGUAUAUCUCCUAUUACAAAUUGGAGGUAUUUUAAUUCAUAUUAUGCUGAAAAAUACUUGGGCUUCCCUUCGAGACAUUUACAGGAAUAUGACAACGCCGAUUUGACCUUAAAAGCAGCAAAUUUAAAUGGACGCCGUUUUCUACUUAUACACGGUACUGCCGAUACCGAAAUAACUUUGCAACAUUCGUUAAUGCUAGCUAAAGCGCUUAUAGAUCAAAAUAUACUCUUUCAACAGCUGGAAUAUCCGGAUGAAGGGCACAAUUUUAGUAAAAAAGCUUUACUUCACAUGUACAAGGAAAUUGACCUAUUUUUCAACGAUUCCUUUGGGCCUGUCUACGAAGAAUGGAGCGAUGAAACUUCAUUUUUUAUAUAACUUCAAAACAUGUUAGCCAACAAAAACAAUUGUCCAAGGAACAUAAGAGGACUUUUUUUUGUAAUACCUGUUUAAAGUCCAAAACUCAGACAACUUUGGACCACAAAAUAAUAUCAUAAAAUCUACUAUUUCAUAUUCUUAAUUCAACGUUUACCAGUUGCUCAUAUACAAGAUUUCAAACAUUUAGUACCAUCUCGAGAUUAAGAAAAAUUUUGGUAAUGCUUCAUGAAAGCAGAAUAUUCAAUACUGUCUAUAUAAAAUAGUAUUUAUUCGUAUUCAUUUGUUGACAUUGGUGUUGGUUAAAUAAUUUGAUUGGCUAAAUUUUUAGUUUCAAUAUACAAUUUACAAUUUAGCCAUUUUCUUUCUGUCAAAACAUUAAUGAGAAAACAAAAUAUCAAAGAAAUAUUCCGGUAAAAAUAGGAAUUUAUGAUAUGAGAAUAUAAAGAUAUGUUUCACAAUAUGCAGUUAAAAAUAGUUCAUUCAACUCGUUUCAUUGUUAUAUUCAACCAAGGGCUUAUUUUAUUCAUCUAUUUCUAUCCAGUGGUUUCACUGAUUCUUUACGUUGUUUCUAAGAGUUGUGUGAUGGCUAAUUAUUGUUAAUCGUGUAUUUCGCAUGGGUACUUUAUUAAUUACCUUGCCUUCUUCAAGCUGUUAAAUUCACACUGAUUAUUGGCUAAUUUUGAUCUGUGGGUUAAUUGUUGGAAACAUUUUAAGAGUCAACAUUAGCGAGCAGAGAACGCGUUACAAGAUUGCAACUUUAAUUUUGAAUACUUCUUAGAGAUAUUUGGCACACAUAUUCUUUCGUAAUAUAGUAAAGAAUGGCGGUACAGAGCCCAAUUUGAGAAAUAUAUUAUUAUGUGGAAAUUACUCUAACAUUAAAUAAAAUAUUGCAAAAACGGGCCUCUACCGCCAUUAAGAAGGACAAAAAAACACACUUUCUUCAAAUAUACUUUUGUAUCCCAUGCCUAGAUUUUGGAUCAUAUUGGAACUGUGUACUAAAAAUCGAUUAUCCAUAACAAGAAAUCGAACUUGAAUGUCUUGUCAACAUUUAGCGCGCCUAUGAAUAUAAUAAAAAAUUUUGGUGACGCGCUACAAAUGCCUUUAAGUUGUUAAGUUGUUUUUAAAAAGGGAAUUUAUCAUUUGUUUCUUGUAUAUUAUUGUGUUAAACUGGAUAUCGAAAAGUUGUACAACCCUGUUGUUUCCUGUAGUUAUUCUCUGCCUUUUUUUAUUGUAAGAGCAAUAUCAUUUACGAGUCUCACGAGGAUCUGUUUUUGGACGUCUGUCAUCACUCCUUUUUUUUUUCUCUCUUAAAGUUAAAAACAUAUCUUCUGGGUCCAAAGCAAAAAAAGUUAUAUGAAACAGAAUCUUCUUGGCUAACUUCGUUCUUCAAUUUUAUCUUUUCUGUUUUUUCCAUGUAGUUAAAUGUAUUCUCGUAGUGUACCAUCUACCCCUAGUGUUAUAUUUCAUUUAUUUGAUUUUUGUAUUAAUAUUCCUGUAUCCUGACUUCUAUGAUUUUUUUUAUUACUCACCUAUCUCCGAGGUUGAUAACUAAUAACUUUUUUUAUUCUCAACCUAAUAGUAGAGGAGUAAAGUAUGCUAAAUAUGCAGUCACUCGAGCGUUAUCGGAAUCUAUUGGGUUGUGAAGAUUGGGUCCUAAAACAAAAAAAAAAUAAGUUAAGUUUUCCAUUUUAGUGGGGAAUUUCCAUUUUUUAAUUUAAUUUUCCAUUUCGAACAAUCGUUUUUUCCGAUUAUAGUGUCAUCUAUCUAUAAUUCGAAAAAAUAUCUCGAAUAAAAGUUACUUAUUCCUAGGAAUCCAAACUGCAAUAAAAAAUGGAGGCUCCUAUUUAAGAUUUUAAAAUAACCUCCCACCCCACUUCCGUGGGGGUCGUGUUUGGUACCAUUCGAUAAAUUUUUUAAAAAUAUUGAAUACGUGUAUUUUUCAGUUCUUCGAUCUGAUGUUCAUUUCGGGAAAUAUCACGGGGUUCGUAUUUAAAAUUUUAAAUUUACUCCCCAACCCUCUUCGUGGGGGGUAGUGUUUGGUAGCAUUCGAUAGAUUUUUGAAAAAUAUUGAGAACGUAUUUUUUAUUUUUUCGAUCUGUCAUUCAUUUCGCGAAACAUUCGCUUUUUUCUUGUGAAAAUUUUUGACUCACCCAAUUCCUUACUCCGUACGCCCCGCUCAAAUCGUCAUAUUUUUGAAAUAUACACUGUUUUGCAUGUACUCAACUUACCUUAUCUUAAUCUGACGAUUUCGAGGUUUUCUAAGGAUAGAUUUUCUUUCGGCCCCCUCCCUUAACGAACUCCCCUGCAUUAAGAGCCAUAAUAUGUUAGAGGUACAUUUUGAGGGUACAAUGUUUCUCCCCAUGUGAUAAUCUGACGCGCUCGAGUAACUGCAAAAAUCGCCGCUUGGGCUUCCCUACCAUAAUUACUUUUAGAAACAUUUUAAACAACAAUCAUAACUCACUUAGGGUAUGGCUUACUAAACCGACGUCUUAGAAUUAUUUUUAUUUGGUGUAUUGGACAAUUCAGUGAACGUGGGCUAUCAGCGAAACUUUAGAAGUAAAUAUUGUACUGUAUACAGUAUAUACAUAGACCACUGUUUUCUCUUCUAAUAAUUUUACUGUUGUACCUUGAUUAGUGCAUGUCAGCUUGUUUUUUUCUUUUUUUAUUGCUUUUAGCAGUUUUUUUAUUAUGUCUGUAAUUAUUGUGGAUGUUUUAUUAUUUGUCUAACGGGUUAUACGUACCCCUUAUUUUUCUGAUCUUUAUGAAGAAUAAAAUUACAAUAUUUUGGUACUGCUUAUCUCUCUAUUUUUCAUGUUCCUGAUUUUAUUUUCGUGUAUAUAGAGACUUAAGUACCUUUGAAAGUGAUAACGCCUACUCCCCAUUUUUGUGAACACUUUUAUUCAUGAGUUUCACGUGCUUUUGUCUUAUUCCUUCUUUUCACUUAAAUAUGCAGUUUUUUCACAUGAAUGUAUGAAUACUUUUUUAAACUUUCCCUAAUUUUUCUUGUUGUCCGAUCUUUUGAGGAGGGGGGUAAAUUGUAUUUAUCUGUGUGUAUUUUUUAUUACAGCUCUUUAAGUUUUAUUGCAAAUAUUGCUUAGCGGUUUAUAAUCAUAGCUUGUAUUAAUUUCAGACUAUGAUGUAAUUGAGCAAAUAGAGCCUAUGUAUAAUAUCUUCCUUAAAGUUUACUUACGAGUCCGUCCCUAGUGGAUUUUAUUUAAUACUUAUUUGGAUGAGAUUAUAAAACAUAAACCAGUAAACUAUCCAACUCACAAUAUUUAUCUCAUUUUUUAUUAUAUUGUAUCGUAUUGUAUUAAUUUAACUCAAAACUCUCAAAAAACGUCAAAAAUACGCAUAGUUUUAGUACAUUCGAAUCAAUAUUGACAAUUGACGAAAAAAAUGUACCUAACGUGCAUGAUAAAUGAUAUAAAUUCGAACAAUCAUAUAUUAUCUAUUAUGGUAGUCACCAACUAUUAGCAUAGAACAUAUAUUACAUUUACCUACUUUUAUCCAAUACUAACGUAUUUAACCAACGUCAGUUAUCAAAACUUAUAUACAAUAGAUUAUAUUUAUUAGAUAUAAAUGAAAUUCAGAUAAGAAAAAUGUUUAAUUCAAAUGUGAUAUUAAAUAAUAUAUUUCUUCUUUC